ACCUAUCGCAUUAUCUCAGCCUCAACAGAAGUUCCUCUCCUAUAGCAGAAAAGAUGGCGGACAAUUUCGAUAGAACCGCAGAUGAGAGGAUCGAGUUCACGACCUCGAAGGAGGUAACGGUGGCCCCGACCUUCGAUGAUAUGCAUCUGAAGGAGAACCUCCUACGGGGUAUCUAUGCAUAUGGGUUUGAGUCACCGUCAGCCAUUCAGUCUCGCGCCAUCGUCCAGAUCUGCAAAGGCCGCGAUACUAUAGCACAGGCGCAAUCCGGGACUGGUAAAACUGCAACGUUUGCAAUUAGCAUCCUACAAGUUAUUGACACCGCGCUUCGUGAGACUCAAGCGUUGGUUCUUUCCCCGACUCGUGAACUUGCGACCCAGAUCCAGAACGUUAUUAUGGCUGUUGGCGACUACAUGAACGUGCAAUGCCACGCAUGCAUUGGAGGAACCAACGUUGGUGAUGAUAUUAGAAAGCUGGACCAUGGUCAGCAUGUCGUAUCCGGAACCCCUGGUCGUGUCGCAGAUAUGAUCCGACGCCGCCACCUUCGCACACGUCACAUUAAGAUGCUCGUUCUCGAUGAAGCCGAUGAUCUCCUGGCGCGCGGGUUCCGCGAACAGAUUUAUGACGUUUACCGAUACCUUCCCCCAGCAACUCAGGUGGUCGUAUUGUCUGCUACUCUACCUUACGAUGUCCUCUCCAUGACCACAAAGUUUAUGACAGACCCAGUUCGCAUCUUGGUGAAGCGUGACGAAUUGACUUUGGAAGGCUUGAAGCAAUACUUUAUUGCAGUGGAAAAAGAAGAAUGGAAAUUUGAUACCCUUUGCGAUCUCUACGACACUCUCACGAUCACACAGGCAGUUAUUUUCUGCAAUACUCGCCGCAAGGUUGACUGGCUGACCGAUAAAAUGAGAGAAGCAAACUUCACAGUUUCAAGUAUGCAUGGAGAAAUGCCACAGAAGGAGCGAGACAGCAUCAUGCAAGACUUCAGACAGGGAAAUUCUCGGGUUCUUAUAUCCACCGACGUUUGGGCCCGAGGUAUCGAUGUGCAACAGGUGUCAUUGGUUAUCAACUACGAUCUACCCAGCAACCGUGAGAAUUAUAUUCACAGGAUCGGUCGAAGCGGACGCUUUGGACGCAAAGGUGUUGCGAUCAACUUUGUCACAAGCGAAGAUGUCAGGAUUCUGAGGGAUAUCGAACUCUAUUAUUCCACCCAAAUUGAUGAAAUGCCUAUGAACGUUGCCGAUCUCCUGGGUUAAUUCGGCCGAUCAACCCUCACGACAAAACACUGCACGAAAAUGAUAAUGAACGGCAGCUAAUAAUGGACGACCGCACUUCCGGGUAACAGCGUCACAACACAGUGGCCUUAUGCGUUUUUUAGCAGAAAGUCCGUAUUAACCUUGGAGCAAACACGUCAUUUAAUACAUACCAGUGCUCUAGACGACAAAGUCAAGGAGAAUUGUCGUGGAGGAACAGGGGAUGCCCGGCAAAUAGAAUGUCGUUCUUUCUCCCUCCCCGGCCGGAGUCUAUCCUUAUAUUGUCUUAAAGGCCUUGUUAAAACAGAAUUGUAUGAACUUUUUUCUAACACUACUAUGGCGGACUCAAUGUUCUGGUUUCAAGCGUUUCCGACCAUGCUUUUGUAUGUCUACAACGAAUUUUUUGCCUAUACUCUGUGGCGAUCUAUUCGGUUUGACGCGCAGGCCGGGUUGGCGGGAUUUGAAGAAAUGAAAUAUGUUUCUCACACUUUUCUUUCUUAGCCCUGUAUUCGUAUAUUCUUUUACUUUUCGUACUCCGUACAUAUGAACUGAACAAUACUGGAGCGGACGCUAAGGUCGUCAAGGUUGCUUUUGCAUCAGUACCAGGCCAUUAGGUCAGAACCCGGCAA